GCCGAGCGCGCAGCCGGGCCGCCGCCGCCGCCGCCGCCUCGCAGAUGCCAUCACAGCAACAAAGAGCUCGCUGAGCUGAGAGCCGCGGCGAAAGCUCGCCUGGACGCCACCGCGGAGCCCGGGGCAGCGGCAGGAAGCGCGUGGGGACCUCGGGGAGGGGAGGGGGCAGAAGAUGGCUCAGAAGAGAAAGCCCCCCAGCAGCAAGGGUGAUCCAAGGGUAUUUGAUCCUCAUUUCAAGGGGCCUGUUACCAACAGGAGGUGUACAGAUGUUCUGUGCUGUGUAGUCUUCAUGCUCUUCAUUAUGGGCUACAUUCUUUUAGGACUUACAGCUUGGGUACACGGUGACCCCAGGAGAGUAGCCUAUCCUACAGACAGCACAGGCCACUUUUGUGGCCAGAAGGGCACCCCCAAUGAGAACAAGACAGUUUUGUUUUACUUUAACCUGUUCAGCUGUUCCAGUCCCUCAGUGAUGGUAAACCUACAGUGCCCUACCACACAGAUUUGUGUGUCUAAGUGCCCAGAAAAAUUUUUAACCUAUGUGGAAAUGCAAUUUACAUACAGACAAGACAAAAACUACUGGACAUACUACAGCCAGUUUUGCAAGUCCAAUUCUGUUAAACCUGCAAAGACUCUUGCACAACUUUUACUGGAUGAUGAUUGUCCAACAGUGAUUUUUCCAAGCAAACCUUUUCUCCAGAGAUGUUUCCCUGACUUCUCUACUAAAAAUGGCACUUUAACAGUAGGAAAUAAGACAAUGUUUGAAGAUGGAAAUGGAAAGAAAAGAAAUGUUAUAGAACUCAGGGCAGCUGCAAAUGGUGUCAAUAAAAUCCUUCAAGCAAGAACAAUUGGAAUGAAAGUGUUUGAAGACUAUGCUACAACUUGGUAUUGGAUACUCAUUGGCCUGACUAUCGCCAUGCUCCUCAGCUGGUUGUUUGUGAUACUCCUGAGGUUCACAGCUGCAUUCCUCUUCUGGGUGCUCAUGUUGGGUGUGCUCGGAAUCAUAGGGUAUGGAAUAUGGCACUGUUACCGGGAAUACAGCAUUCUUCAGGGAAAGCCAAAUUCUCACUUAACUAUAUAUGACAUUGGGAUUCAGACGGAUAUAAGCUUGUACUUUCAACUGAAACAAACAUGGUUCGCAUUUUUGAUAAUACUCUGCAUUGUUGAAGCACUUGUCAUCCUCAUGCUGAUCUUCCUCAGGGAGAGAAUCCGCAUCUCCAUCGUCCUGCUGAAGGAAGGGAGCAAAGCCAUUGGAUAUAUCCCUACUACAUUAAUUUAUCCAUUCUUAACUUUCAUUUUCCUCUCAAUCUGCAUUUCUUACUGGGCUGUGAUUGCAGUUUAUUUGGCUACAUCAGGGGUACCUAUAUACAAAGUAAUAACCCCAGAGGGGCAAUGCAAAUACGAAAAUAACACCUGUGACCCAGAGAUUUUUAAUACAACUGAAAUUGCCAAAACUUGUCCUGGGGCUCAGUGUAUUUUUGUUUCUUAUGGUGGAAAGAGCCUGUACCAUCAAUACAUCACUACCUUCCAGAUUUUCAAUAUGUUUGUCUUCCUCUGGCUUAUAAACUUUAUUAUUGCGCUGGGUCAGUGUGCCCUUGCUGGUGCCUUUGCUUCUUAUUACUGGGCCUUGAAGAAACCUGAUGACAUCCCACCAUAUCCACUCUUUACUUCAUUUGGACGAGCCAUACGGUAUCACACAGGAUCCCUAGCAUUUGGAUCUUUAAUUCUUGCAUUAAUUCAAAUGUACAGAUUAGUCCUAGAAUACUUGAACAAACAUCUUAAAGAUGCCCAGAACAGAAUUUCUAAAUUCCUACAAUGCUGCCUGAAAUGCUGCUUCUGGUGUUUGGAAAAUGUGGUAAAGUUUUUGAACAGAAAUGCCUAUGUUAUGAUUGCAAUAUAUGGCAAAAACUUCUGCAGGUCAGCGAGAGAUGCAUUCAAUCUGAUGAUGAGAAAUAUUUUAAAAGUUGCAGUUAUGGAUAGAGUUACAGACUUUGUACUAAUCCUGGGGAAAAUUCUAGUUUCUGGAUGCAUAGGUGUUCUGGCCUUCUUACUCUUCACACAAAGAAUUCCAAUGAUCAUAGAAGGACCAACAUCUUUAAAUUACUACUGGGUACCUCUGCUGACAGUCAUUAUCGGAGCUUACCUCGUUGCGCAUGGGUUCUUCAGCGUCUAUGCAAUGUGUAUCGAUACAAUUUUCAUCUGCUUCUUGGAAGAUUUAGAAAGAAAUGAUGGUUCUGCUGACAGACCCUAUUACAUGAAUCGGUCUCUGCUGAAGAUUUUGAAAGAACCACGUAUGCAAACUAAGAAGCAGUAGAAGUCCAAACUCUAUUCAUCCUGAGGCGGUGUGUGUGUGACCUUUUCCUCGUCUGCCGUGUCUGUGCAACACUCCUUUCAUAAGUGCUUUGUGUUUGGAAAACUACUCACAACCUUGUUGGCUUUUAUUUGCAUGUUUUAUACCAAAGCUUAUACUGUAAAAUGUGAAGCCAUCGGAAGUCGCAAGGGAAUUGUUAAAAACAUGGAGCAUUUUUAUACUAAGGUCUUUGGUUUUGUAAUUCAUUUUUUGAGUAGAGUGGUUGGAUGCUUUGAAAAUACUAGUGAAUAUGUUGAUAUUCUUUAAAUGUUAGAUUGAAAAAUGAUACGUCUUUUAAAUUGAUAGCUCCCAAUAUAUUUUUUAAAUUACAACUAAAAUACUUCUGCAGGGAAAAUUGGCAAAGUGAAAUCAAAUUUUUAAACUUUUCCCUUGCUCCUGUUUGAUAGGACUGCCCCACUCUGGAUUUUGCUCUAAGUGUAGAAUGUUUCCUAUUAACAAAUUGCCAAUCAUCCAGCCUUUACUACUUCGUCCUCUCUGACAAAGUGCCUUACUGGCUGUUUAAAAUUACCCAGCUUUUGUGGGCAAGUUUACAAAUAUUGUAAAAAAUUUUAAAAAAAACAAACACAAAACCUGCAAUGUUUAUUGAUUAAAACAAGUCUUGCAUUUGUUUUUCUCUUAACUCACUGGUUGGAAACUACUUGUCAUUUCAGUAUGUUUGGUAUCCUCAGUGUAUAGAGUACAUUUUGCAGCAUAAACAGUCUCCCUUGCGCCUAGUGAACAUUCAUGAAUGUGUACUACACGCAAGAAAAAAAAA